UCAUGUUUUUUCUUGUAUUUUUUCACUGACUUGAAUUAAGAUAAAAUAAAAACAGCUAUCGCACUUCGACUGAGUCUUACCAUUUAUUCUGAUUCAACAAACCGUUUUUUCUGAUAUUCUGGUUUACACACUAUAUCGAGCAAAUUAAUUACUAGCUCAGAGGAUAAAAACCUCCCUGUAUUAAAGUUAAAAUCAACAGUUCUAAAUUUCCAAUCAAAUCAGCAGUUCAGAUUCCGAAACUUAGCCCAUUUUACCUUGAAAAACAACUGCCCUUUCAAUUGUUGAAACAAGCAAUACUGAGAACUAAACUUGUCAUUACUAAGUUCCAGAUAGUCCAGAUCUGUAACACCAAAUUAUUAAUUUUAUCUUCGCAAUAGAACAAUUUCGUGUUUCAAAAAAAGUUGUCUUUACAAAUCUGCUUCGUAACUUCACUCAAUCCCGAACAAAAUGGCGUCACCAACAGGAGGAGCAGAUAGACCAGAAUCGGUGGUGUCCAGAAUAGAGAAAUACGAAGCAGAGUUUACGUCAAUAACAGACUUGCUGAAGAAAUGGAAGCAGUUCGAAACACAGUUCCAGAAUUUAGAAAUGGGAAGAGAUACAGGAGCAAAUGAAACAGCGGGGGGAGAACCAACACCCAGUUCUGAUGAGGUGAGACAAACUCUGAUUCCUCUGUUUGAAAAUGUUAUGAAUUUCAAAAAAAGAUGCAGUGAUAUAAUCAAUGACGUUGAGAGAUGGUUUAAACACAUUUUUAACGAGGCUCUGCAAAAUGACGACGGUUUUGACGGUGAUCGCGAAGUCACAUGGAGCUCGGAACAAGAUGAGAAGAAGAAGGAGACGAUGAUGAAGAAUAUUAAAUGUGAAAAGGCGGUAUACAAUUCGGAUACGAAAGAAGUGAUGUGUUAUAACGAUAGUGGAACAGGUAUCCUUAGUGUAUUUGGCGUGAAUGAGGACGACACAUUGGAACCGAAAUGGGAGAUUAAGUGGGGAAAAAACGAUAUGUUGCUUGACAUUUGUAUGGACGAAGUAAACAACACUCUGUAUGGAGUGGUGAGACAAGAAAAAUGUCAGAAGAGAGUGGAAAAAUUGGACCAGGAGAGUCUGAAGAAGAUUGAUGUGUUAUACACAAAAGGACUGCUGAAUGGAGCUUGCAUAAUGUGGUAUCUGGUAGCAAGGAAGGACACAGUUGCAUUGGCAGUUAGGAAUACUAAGGGUAGUGGUAAUAAGUGGGUCAGUGUGACCAUUUACAAGGAGGGAGUGAGAGUGCGCCAUGUCCCACUGGACGAUGUUAAAGUGAAAGGAAGUGUGUAUAAUAGUAGUUGUGUGCUGGUCAAUGAGAACACCAUCAUUCUCAGUUGUGGAGAAGAAACAAAACGCCUGGCAGUGGUAUCACUGCCAAAACCAGAUUCAGGUGAAGAAAUUAACAUUAAGUAUGUGACCGAUCAUGGUAUGGGCAGAGUGUUCUCUCUAGUGUGGAUACCAUCUGAACAUGCUGAACAUGGACUGCAUGGACAUCUGUGGGUGGGAGAAUGGAAUAAUGCGAAUCCUUCCCUUGUCCACGAAGUAGAUCUGAGGAAAGUCUUGGAAGGGAAUAUUAAAAAGUUGAAGAAAGGGAAAAAUAUAUCAAUCCCAGAGAACAAAGUUUGCACUCCAUUCUGUGCUACCGACGAAAAUACCAUUUUUGUCACGACGUUCAACGACGAAACGACAGCUAAAGGAGGUCACCCACUGCUUCUCAAGUUUUAAAUUUCAAAUAUAAAUGAUCCAAAUAUAUAUGUUUCUUUAUAUCCUCAACUCAUAUCUCAACUCAUAUCUCAAACAUAAAUUGGGAUAAUUUUGGUCGCAUAAAACAAUAAUUUUUUCUGUGACCUGAUUCGGCCAAUUCCUUGUUCGCUUUUAAAUAUCACUAACGAUAUGAUUAUAUCUAUCCCCCUUUUGACUAGCAAAAACUACGAGCUCACAUAUCCGUGCUAUAUCGGUAUCAAAUCUCAGAGUUUGUUUGUUAUCAUUUUGAUAGUACACCUUUAUAAAGUUUGUAUUAAUUGU